CAUUCAUUCCUUCAUUCGUUCCUUCAUUCAUUCGCUCGCGUCGUUCUCCUGCCGGAUCCGCCUCCUGCGUCCCUCUCCGUCCACGGUACGCUUCGAAUGGUCCUGUCAGUCGUCUGCUGCAAUUAGAGCGCCUCUUUAUUGUUGUGUCGUCAGAGGCGCAGUGGGCUCGCGCUCUGCCAGCGAGGUGCUCUGCGCUCCGGCCCCGCACUCGUCGUGAGCAUUCGCGCCUCGGCGCUCGCGAGCAUUUUUCUUCCCGCAGCUCCUCCACAAGUCUGCGAUCUCUGCUGCAUCUCUCUUUUUCUCUCCCUCGGCGGACGAGCCCUUUCUGAUAGAAACUGUCGCUCGAACGUGUUCUUGGAACAUUCGCUUCGCCCUCUGCCUCCCGGCAUUGACGAACCUCCUCUGCUCUGCCUCUCUCCUCUGAGGAUUCUUUGUAGCGUCGAUCUGCGAGUUGAGGGGGAGCUGAUAGUCGUGGGAUAUUACUCUGCAGCUACAGAUCUAGGCGACGAUGGCCAGGAAAAAGAUCAGAGAAUUCAACUCGAAGCGACUGUUGAAGGAGCAUCUGAAGAGGCUCGCGCAGAUUGACAUCGACAUAAAGUCUGCUCAGAUCACUGAGACCACGGACUUCAACGCGUUGGCUGACGCCGAGCCAUGGCUGAAUUCCACUCGGCUGGUCGUCAAGCCCGACAUGUUGUUCGGCAAGCGAGGAAAGAGUGGUCUGGUGGCGCUGAACUUGGAUCUUGCAGGCGUCGAAGCUUUUGUGAAGGAAAGACUCGGCAAGGAGGUUGACAUGCAAGGAUGCAAGGGUGCCAUCACCACCUUCAUCGUGGAACCCUUCGUACCUCACGACGAUGAGUACUAUCUUUCUAUCGUCUCAGACCGCCUUGGAACUAACGUUAGCUUCUCGGAAUGUGGAGGAAUUGAGAUCGAAGAAAACUGGGACAAGGUGAAGACAGUUGUUGUUCCUACAGAGAAGACACUCGACUCUGAACUUCUUGCGCCUCUGAUAGCUACACUUCCGCUGGAGGUCCGUCCGGUUAUCGAGACUUUCCUCAAGGGCGUCUUCGAUGUCUACAUUGAUCUGGACUUCACUCUUCUGGAAAUGAAUCCAUUUACGUUGGUGAAUGGAAGCCCCUAUCCUCUUGACAUGCGCGGAGAGCUAGAUGACACUGCGAUGUUCAAGAACUUCAAAAAAUGGGCCGAUGUGGAGUUCCCUCUUCCAUUCGGAAGAACGAUGAGCCCUGCUGAAGAGAAGAUUCACAAGCUGGAUGAGAAGACUGGUGCCUCAUUGAAGCUAACGAUCUUGAACCCAAAGGGCCGCAUUUGGACCAUGGUUGCUGGAGGUGGUGCUAGUGUAAUUUAUGCCGAUACUGUUGGAGACUUAGGUUACGCUGAUGAGCUCGGAAACUACGCCGAGUACAGUGGUGCUCCUAACGAAGAGGAGACACUCCAAUAUGCUCGCUCAUUGAUAGAUGUCGCUACUGCUGAUCCAGAUGGUCGUUCAAGGGCUCUUCUGGUCGGAGGUGGUAUCGCCAAUUUUACUGAUGUUGCUGCUACCUUCAGUGGCAUCAUCAGAGCGCUUCGGGAGAAGCAAGCUCAGCUUAAAGCUGCAAAAAUGCGCAUCUACGUGCGAAGGGGCGGUCCUAACUACCAAAAGGGACUUCAAAAGAUGCGUGAUCUCGGUGAAGAACUAGGAAUCACCAUUGAGGUGUAUGGUCCUGAAGCAACUAUGACAGGUAUCUGCAAGCAAGCUAUCGACUACGUGAAGGCAAGCGCUUGAAAACAAAGUUACUUAGAUGUUGUAUCAAAUAAUUUCAUUUAGUUACAAGGCUAGGGCCCUUGAUAGAAGAAAUGGUGGUGACAUAUUGUCAACCAUAGGACAAGCUGGUCAUAUGUUACAGGGAAGUGCCUCGUCAAGAGCCUGUUAAAAGCCUGGCUCUCACGGUAUUUCCCAUCUCUAGCAGGACUAAUGCAGUUAGUGUCCUCGCAACAGUCAAGUAUUGCAUCGGUAACACCAUUAUUUACUUUCUAGGACAGAGCAAGUUUUUCGUGCUUACCGUACGCUCACACCAAAUUUCACAGUCAACUUAGGUUCGUGCUCUCUGUCGGAUUCCGAGCAACGUCGAAAUCAUAUUGCUCUUCGUCUUUUGACAUUGAGACGUCAUUCAGUAAAGCACAAUACUUGAGCUUGGAUGCUCUUUUUGU